UAAGUCAGCUGAUAAUUCCUCCUUCACCAAGACCUCUUACAUUAUACAGUAUAGUCGUGUAGUCGAUGAUAAGAGGUAUUGGACAAUGCAGAUUAAGAAGAUGAGACCUACGCGGUUCGCCCAUUUUGAAGGCCACACCGAUAUUUGCUACACAGAUGACGGCAGAUACAUGAUAACGUGUGGGACUGAUGGCGAGGUGCGUAUAUUUGAAGGACUCGACGAUGAUGACUGUAAAACACACGUGGUGGCCGAGUGUGCCUCAGCUGUUGCCUACAGGGAUGGCCAUUUCCUGGUUGGCACGGACAGUAAUGUUGUUCAGGCGUAUACGAUGGAUGAGGGUUCGCCAGAUGGCAUUAUCACACGGUUUACUGCUCCACCAACACAGAUUGUUGUAAGCAAGGACAACAAGAGGGUGGCUUGUGCUGGCAGUGACAUGACCAUCCGUGUCCAUGACCCACAGGCCUACAAGGACACAGUCUUCACAGGACAUCAAGCUCCAGUGCUCUCUGUUGCUAUAGACCCCAAGGGGGAGUAUCUGGCUUCAUCAUCAUGUGACGGCAGCAUCCGUGUGUGGGAUCUCAAAACUACUUCUGUUGUUGUGUCGUGGAACCUUCUGCCCAAGACCAACAACUUAUCCUCCUCACACACAUUAUGUCGUCUGACUUGGACGCCAAAUGGUCACCAUCUUCUUGUCCCAGUCGACAGUAAAGUACAUUUAUAUGAUCGCUCGUCUUGGCAAGUGGUACAUCAGUUGUCCGAUGAAUCCAUUAAAGGGACAGUAUCGGUGACCACAGUCUCGCCUUGUGGACGAUUCAUAGCUGCUGCUUGUCUUGAUGGUGUUAUUAUUGUCUGGAACACGACCACUUACCAGACAGUAAUGACGGAGAAGCACCCCAAGGCUCUUGCAGUGUGUGGCCUGGCAUGGAAUCCUACCGGGAAGAAGGAGCUGGCGUUUGUUGACAUUGAUGGACAGUUUGGGACGGUGGAGAAUGUUACGUAUGGAGAUAACACGUCUGCUGCGAUCAACACAGACAGUAAUGCUGGUGUAGAAAAUGGGGCGACCGGUGGGGGCGACUUCCCGCCACUGGAUGUGGACAUGGAGGAGGAUGAUGACGAGUUCUCCAUUUCGAAGAUCAAGUCUCAGUUAGGGUUUGCAGAUGAUGAGGAAGGCACUUACCUUGGCAUUCCUAAAGACAGUGAAUUGAAGGUUGAUUUUGGUACAAAACCACCUGAUGAUGACUCAGCAAGCAUUUUAACCUCAAAAGAUGUGGCUCCAGUGGUACCUAUGAUGAAAAUGCCCGAGCUGCAGAAGCCUUUCCAGCCUGGCAUGUCUCCUGAAUACCUUAAUGAUAGAUACAUGCUGUGGAACAACGUGGGCAUCGUACGACAAUACUCAAGUGAGGAUGAGAAUAGCAUUGACGUCGAGUUCCAUGACACUUCAGUGCACCACGCUCUGCACCUUAACAACAGUUUAGGGCACACGAUGGCAGCUCUGUCAUCUCAAGCACUGGCCAUGGCAUGUGAAUCACAAGAAGACCAACCUAGUAAAUUGGUCGUGCACCAUUUCUCUGCCUGGGGCUCUAACAAAGAGUGGUACGUUGAUAUGCCCGAGGAGGAAGAUAUUCUGGCCGUUUGCCUUGGGACAGAUUGGGUGGCCGUUGCUACAGAUCGAAGGAAUCUCCGCAUCUUCUCCACUUCUGGCAUACAGAGAGACCUUAUCAGCAUACCUGGCCCAGUUGUUUGUAUAGUCGGCUCUGAAGAUCAGCUAAUGCUUAUAUUCCACAAUGGCAUGGGAGUUUCAGGUGAUCAACACUUGGUGAGUAAUGUGCUUAGUGUGAGUGGUGGUCGUCACCCAGUCCCACUGGCGUGUCCAGUACCUCUCUCUCCCCGGUCUUUCUUGGCUUGGGCAGGGUUCUCAGAUGAAGGAACCCCAAUCAUUAUGGACAGUGCUGGGAUGGUACGCAUCAUGCACUUGAAAUAUGGAUAUAACUGGACGAGUAUUCUCGAUACCAAAUCUCAUACUCGUGGCAAAAGUGAUCACUACUUCCUGCUGGGGGCCAGCGAAACACAGGGAAACUUACGCUGCAUAUUAUGUAAAGGCAUCCGUUACCCUCCAGUCUUGCCCAAACCUCAUGUGUCCAUCCUCAAUAUGCAGAUACCAUUGUGUGAGUUGGAGACAGAGAAAAGCGAGUUGGAGGAAAAGGCUGUUCGAACAGGUCUCCUGCUCAACACACUCGCACGCCUCAAUACUCAAGGAUAUGAAAUGGAUGACAGCAAGAGUCAGGCUGAUAAAAUCAUGAAGGAAGCCAUGAUCAAACUAUUUGCUCUGGCGUGCCGCUCAGAAAGAGACUCUCGAGCACUUGAAGUUUGUCAGUUGAUGCCAUCCUACCACACUGUAGAACUUGCAAUAAAAUAUGCAGGAAAGCUUCGCCGUCUACAACUUGCUGAGCGGUUGGGGGAAAUUGCUGCAGCCAAAAUGGAAGAGGAGUUAGAGAGAGAAUCAAAGUCUCAGACACCAGUGGUUGAUGACUUGCAAAUGUAUGGUGGUGGUAUAAGGAGGAUACGAGCAAGACGUGAGGAAGAGGAGGAGGAUGAAGAAGAAUUGGCCCACAGUCACUACCAGGAAGAAGUUCAUAAUCAAAGCUUAGACAACCCUCUUCUGGCAGCAGCAAUUCGCAAAGAUAGCAACACAAUUAGUCUGGGAGAUUUGUUUUCACAAUCUUCAAAAAAUCCCUUCAAAAAGAGUGUAACGCCAACAUCAGGUUUCCAGAGUUCCAAACGGGGCAUUGAUGUCAUUGACCAGUUCAGGAAAUCUCGGAAGAAAGCAGAAGGUAGUCCUGUACUGAAACCAAUAGUGAAGAAGCUGCAGAGUAUACAGACUACACUAAAGAAAAAGGCCCAGGAAGCACUUCCAGCAACUGUAGACAAGGAAAACCAGUCAGAAAACACAACAGCUUCCUCACCAAAGACACAACCUAGCAAUCCUUUCAAGAAAAAAGAGACGUCAGCACAGCCUGCAGUCAAAAAGCAAUCGGCCCUCCAGUUGUGGCUGGCAGACAAUGAGGAAAGUUUCAAGUUACAGUACCCUGAUGCUACUGAAAACAACCUUCUGGCAAAGGCUGCACUAAUGUUCAAAGAUGUGGAUAAUGAUACCAAACAAAAAUACAAGUCUUUAGCUGCUGGAAUUACAGCUCAAACACUGCUCAGUGAUGAUGACAAGAAGCGUAAAAGAGAGGAAUCUACUGAAGAAUCUCCUAUGGAAAAAAAGACAAAAGGUUCAGGGCUGAGCAAGUUAUCUGCCUUUGCCUUUAGUAAAGAUUCUUAACCAUGGCUAGUGUAACAGCAAAGAUAUUUUUAUAUGAUUUUUUUUAUCUAGAGGUAUAUUUGUGGGGGGAGGUAUAUAUACAAUAAAACUUAUCUUUAUUUUUCAUAUGGCAGAAGACAAAGUUACCUUAACAUCCAGUGCCCCAGGAUUUCUCCUACAUUCAUAAGAUUAAUCUACAUUUGUGUGAGGGAAAUGAGUGGAUAAUUUAGCAUUUACAACUAUAAUAAGUAUCUUUGUAUGUCAUUCGUGAUAUAUAACAAGGUAGCUUUUGUACCUGUAUAUCUUUCAUUCGCUAUUGUCGAACAUUUGAAGGUGUAACUGACAAUUUAUACUUAUUUAUAAUAAAAAAGUUAAUUGC